GUAGAAAGGAUUAUUAUUAUUAUUAUUAUUCAUUUUGUUCAUGUACAAGUAUGGGUGUAUUCAUCAUUAUUAUUUUAUUUAUUUUAUUCAAUUUUGGAAAAAUGGAGACAAGUCUUCAACAACCCUGGAGUGUAUUUAACUUAUCUUUUUGCCUGACUUUUGGCUCACCCUGUAUAUUCAUAUCUGUAGAUUACAACUAAUCCUAAUUAAUCAAAGAUAUAUUUCUUCAUUUACAGACCACAAGUGAACACUAGUCCUCCUGUUACUUCAAUUAGUGAAGACAUGAAAUGUCUGAAGCGACCCCCUGACAUUCGCUUCAAGGAUUACCCUUUGCCCUCGGAGAACGUAAUCUAUGUUGUCCCCACUUACAUCGAUGAUGAUGGGACUAUAUUUGCUCAUGAAUGUCAUAAAGACGAGACGUCCCCAUUGGAAGAACUAAACAAGUUACUCCUUGCUCACUACCCUAACCACCUUGCUGAGCACAUGGAACCGAUUUGCUGGGAGAUUGGUGAUUCCUGCCUAUGUUUCUAUGAAGCUGAGAAAGUCUGGGCUCGUGCUACAAUAUUAGCCGUGCAAGAAUUAAUCAAGGUUCGUUACAUUGACUAUGGAAACCACGACAUGGUUACACCGAACAAACUGCGACCUGAUAUUGAACCUGUUGCACAUUUACCUCCCCUCUGUCUUCACAUGAAACUUCAUGGCAUAGUUCCGGUUUCUGGCAAAUGGACCUCAAAUAUCUUGGACAUCAUGCAUGGCAUCAUUGUUGGGAAACUGUGUGGAAUUCAGCAAAUGUCAUCAAGAGAAAACGGAACAUGUGAGGUUCGUUUGAUAGAUCCAGACGGUCAAGAAUUGGGAGAACUUCUCUGUGAUAAAAACUACACUUACCAAAAAUAUAGUCUCACUUUCUUAGAAGAACAAAGCGAAAAGAUUGCACAUAUGUUGGAGACAUGCAAUCCAUACAAGAACAUGAAGUCCACUUUGAACAAGUCUAUUCCUGUUUUAGUGACACAUGUCGAACUACCAAAUGUGAUAUAUUUCCAAAAUUCCCAAAGGUCCAGCAGUGAUGAGGAAAGUCAUCGGAUAAACUCGCAGCUUCUCCAGCUUGAAGAGAUGUCAGUUGAACUCAACGAAUAUGCGGUUUCUGCUCCUCCGAUUAAAAAGACAGUUGUUGGUAAAGCAUGUUGCUGUCAGUUUACAGUGGAUGACUGUUGGUACCGAAGUGUUAUUGCUGAUGUUAAACAGACCGAUAUGUUGGUUCUCUAUGUUGACUAUGGGACGUCGGAAUAUAUUGAUAGGUCAAGGAUUCGGGAAAUCUCACAGAAGUUUCUAAAGUUACCCUCACAGGCUGUGCGCUGCGUUGUGAAGGGCAUGAAGCCCUCAGAUGAAUCAUAUCAGUGGACUGAGGAAGCAAUGAAGGGUGUUAUUGAUUCUGUCGUUAACAAAGAACUUGAUGCAGUUUUACAGAAGACUCAACAGCCUUGGCAUCAAGUUCAGCUGUUUGACCCAGCUGCAGGAUCUACCAUUGCUUACCAAAGUGUUAUAGAUUCUGAACUUGUAAGCUAUGAAAGGGACUCCCCAUAAGAAAUUCUCUCUUGUAGGCGGGGAAUAAAAGUCACAUUUGGAUUAAAAUGUCAAACAGUUCUUCCCUGUAAAGGAAACUUGUUUCAGAAUUCAAAAUACAAAAAAUAUAACAUCAAAAAGUUUCUCGAAAAGUAACUAAAAAGAAUUUGAAAUGAGAGGGAAAAAAAUUUCAUUCAAUUAGAAUGUUUAACUUUCCCUGACAACAUUUCUGGAUAUAAGCGUUCACUUCUGAACUGGCAAAGAGAAUGGUGUUUGUUGUAUAUUUAUUUUUAAUUUGAUUUUGUUUAAUUUGGAACAUGAAAGUUAAAGAUCGUUGCAGUAUUAUUAAGUUAAGAGGAAUUAACCACUAAUCUGACAUAAUAAAAUAAAAGAGUUUAUUUUAUAUUGAAGAGAGGGGGAGACAUUGGUGGUUAUUCCAUCAUCCCUUAAUGCUAAUUCUCAAUUUUUAAAAGGGUUCCUUUCUCCUUCCUUUCGAGAAAAGGAACCACUUCACAAGUCAAAAACUGGCGUUUCAUUACUCGAUUACUCUCUGUCUUCCAGAUCCUAAUAUUAUUGCAUAAACUCAUGUUAUCCCUAAUUGACAAAGCCUGUGAUCAAAGAGGAUCUUAAAGAGAUUAACACGUAAUACGAGAGUAAAACGCAAAGCUUGACCAUUGACAUUUCAACUUUAAGGGAGAUAACUUUGAAUUUCCUUUUCAAGCAAAAAAGGCAUUGCCAUAUUUUGUGGAAUGGUUUUGGUUAAAAUGUUUCUUUGUGUGUGUGUGUGUGUGUAUGUAUGUAUAUAUAUAUAUAUAUAUAUAUAUAUAUAUAUAUAUGAAUAUGUGUAUAUAGAUAUGUGUAUGUAUAUAUAUACACACAUAUAUAUAUAGAUAUAUGUAUAUAUAUACAUAUAUGUAUAUAUAUAAAUGCAUAAAUGUAUAUGUGUGUGUAUGUAUAUAUAUAUAUACAUA